CCGGUGAAGAAAAGGUCUGAAGAGAAGGAGGCACCCAAGCAAUGGAGUUCUUUAUUCCGGGACAACCGUGCACCAUCGCAUGGACUUAAACUUGAAUAUUUUCCUCCCACCGGGGAGAAACUUGACUUCUCCCACCUUGCGGUUCCUACACUUGUUGAGAUUUGGGGCUUUUGCCUUGUGGGCCACUUCUCCGGUAGGUUCCCCGGGCUCAAAGCUAUAUUUGCCAUGACACAAAAAUGGGGGGUCGAGGUUGAUGUGAAACCCCAUAAAAAAGGGGUGGAUUAUUUUCAAGCUCAAGAGUGAAGAGGACCGAUUGAAGGUCUUGGCCGAGGGACCUUAUGUGCUCUAUGGGA